UACAGGUGUGCGAGCCUGUGGGCUCUGAUUGGCCGUCGGUGCCGCGCCUUACUUGAACUGCUACCAGCCAAGGCUGUCCCCGCAAGGCUGGCCCUUCAUCAUCUGCGGGUGACUUUCCUUGUCCCUGUAGGAGGCGGUUCACGAGCUGGUGUUGCAGGCCGGUGGAGUGCUUGCUAGCGGGUCCGGCGGUUCCACGGGGGAAGAUGAACGGUCCCAGCGCCAAGUCUACCCACCUGUCGCUGCCGGUAGUGAAAAGUGUGCUGGUGUACCGCAAUGGGGACCCCUUCUUCGCCGGGCGCCGCGUCGUCAUUCAUGAGAAGAAGGUGUCCAGCUUCGAAGUCUUCCUCAAGGAAGUGACGGGUGGCGUGCAGGCGCCCUUUGGGGCGGUUAGGAACAUCUACACCCCAAGGACCGGCCACCGCAUCAGAAAGCUGGACCAGAUCGAGAGCGGGGGCAACUACGUGGCUGGAGGCCAGGAAGCUUUUAAGAAACUCAAUUACUUGGACAUAGGAGAAAUCAAGAAAAGACCAAUGGAAGCUGUCAAUACUGAGGUGAAACCUGUCAUCCACAGCAGGAUAAAUGUGUCUGCCCGCUUCAGGAAGUCGCUGCAUGAGCCUUGCACCAUUUUCUUGAUUGCAAAUGGAGACCUCAUAAACCCAGCUUCUCGCCUUCUCAUCCCCAGAAAAGCUUUAAGCCAGUGGGAUCACGUACUACAAAUGGUCACAGAAAAAAUAACUCUCCAGAGUGGGGCUGUCCACAGGCUCUACACGUUAGAAGGAAAACUGGUUGAGAGCGGGGCAGAGCUGGAGAACGGGCAGUUUUACGUGGCCGUUGGUAGAGAUAAGUUCAAGAGACUACCUUACAGUGAGUUACUUUUUGACAAGUCAGCGAUGAGAAGGCCCUAUGGUCAGAAAGCGUCUUCACUGCCUCCCAUGGCUGGAUCCAGGAAGUCUAAAGGGAGCGGAAAUUAUCGCCAAUCUAAGUCAACCAUUGGCUCCAGUGACAACUCAUCUCCUCAGCCCCUGAAGAGGAAAGGAAAGAAAGACUCAAACUCAGAAAAACCCACAAAAGGGAAACAAAGUGUGAAGUCGAAGAAUUCCCAACAAGCAAUCCUAAGCAAUGAUGAAGGCAUUUUCAAAGCUGGAGCAGAGAGAUCUGAAACGAGAGGGGCAGCAGAAGUCCAAGAAGAUGAAGACACACAGGUUGAGGUUCCAGUGGACCAGAGGCCAGCAGAAAUAGUUGAUGAGGAAGAAGAUAUAGAGAAAACAAGCAAACAGAAAGAAGACUUUUCCGUGAUGAAUGGUGAGCCUGAAGACGGAGCGGGCGGUGAAGCUGCCAAUGCCCCUGAGCAAGAAGAGGAAACCCCAGACCGUGGGGAGGAGAAGGCAAGUCCCUCUCGGGUAAAUGGCGGCACUGAUGAGGAGAACGGUGAGGAGCUGGACCAGGUCACUGAGGAGCUUCAACCAGCAGUGGAUGAGGAAGGAGACAAUGAAAGAGACAACAGUGGACAAGAUGAGGCUGGUUUAGAUGCUCAAAGACCACCAAGACCAGAAGUGACAGUCACAAGCCCUCAAGACAAUGAAGAGCAGGAGCAAAACAAGGGCUCGUCUACUGUGGCAUAGAGGACUUUUAAAG